UCCAGAAGAGAAGCGGCACCAUGGCUGGCAAGAAAGUCUGCAUUGUAGGCUCUGGCAACUGGGGCUCUGCCAUCGCCAAGAUCGUGGGUGGCAAUGCAGCUCAGCUGGCAAACUUCGACCCAAGGGUGGCCAUGUGGGUGUUUGAGGAAGACAUCGGGGGCAGGAAGCUGACAGAGAUCAUCAACACACAGCACGAGAAUGUCAAAUACCUGCCAGGGCACAAGCUGCCCCCUAAUGUGGUGGCUGUCCCAGAUGUGGUCCAAGCUGCAGCAGAUGCUGACAUCUUGAUCUUUGUGGUGCCCCAUCAGUUCAUCGGCAAGAUCUGUGACCAGCUCAAGGGCCAUCUGAAGGCAAAGGCCAUUGGCGUAUCUCUAAUUAAGGGGGUAGACGAGGGCCCCAACGGGCUGAAGCUCAUCUCUGAAGUGAUUGGGGAGCGCCUUGGCAUCCCCAUGAGUGUGCUGAUGGGGGCCAACAUUGCCAGCGAGGUGGCUGAUGAGAAGUUCUGUGAGACAACCAUUGGCUGCAAGGAUCCAGCCCAGGGACAGCUUCUGAAAGAACUGAUGCAGACACCCAAUUUCCGCAUCACUGUGGUGCAAGAGGUGGACACAGUAGAAAUCUGUGGAGCCUUAAAGAAUAUAGUGGCCGUGGGGGCUGGCUUCUGUGAUGGGCUGGGCUUUGGCGACAACACCAAGGCAGCGGUGAUCCGGCUAGGGCUCAUGGAGAUGAUUGCCUUCGCCAAGCUCUUCUGCAGUGGCCCUGUGUCCUCUGCCACCUUCUUGGAGAGCUGCGGUGUUGCUGACCUCAUUACUACCUGUUACGGAGGGCGGAACCGCAAGGUGGCCGAGGCCUUCGCUCGCACAGGAAAGUCCAUUGAGCAGCUGGAGAAAGAAAUGCUGAAUGGGCAGAAGCUGCAGGGGCCCCAGACAGCCCAGGAGCUACACAGCAUCCUCCAGCACAAGGGCCUGGUGGACAAGUUCCCCCUUUUCACCGCUGUGUACAAGAUAUGCUACGAGAGCCAGCCAGUGGCUAAAUUCAUCACCUGCCUACAGAAUCAUCCAGAACACUUGUGA